UGAGAAAAUCAGAGAAGGGUAUUUCCACAGACAGCGACGUGGUCAUCAGUGGAAAUGUUAUGUGGGGCUCUGAGAGGGAUGGGUCACUCAGUCGAGAUCACAGUCAAGAAGAGGGAGGGGUUUUUUACUGAAUCAGAAUAACCUUUCCUACCUCUCCUAAUUUAAUCUUUCAGUUUCAGAAGACAAAAAAGGAGGUCUGAGGGUGGGUCCAAUAAGAGGGAGGGUGACAGAAGAGAGGGGAGGAGGAGACAUUAAAAUAAAAAAGACAGUGGAAGAGAAGGGUGGACAGUUAGAAGAGGACUAGUGAUGGAUGGUCAAAGACCAUUGUCAAAGAUGGAUUUAAGUUCCCUUCAAUUCUUGGAGAGAGAAAGAGUCCUGGAGGUUCUUCAGAGAGACAAACAGCUGCGAACCAUUGAAGAGGACAGAAUCAGGAGGAUGAAGUACGACCUGCAGGAGUUGCGGAGGAAAGGUGCGAAGAGUUUUGCCCGGCAGUACGGCGAGAGGACCUGCGCUCGCUGCCAGAGGCCGCUGGGAAAGUUCUGGAACUCGGGUGCGGUGUGCCGCGGCUGCAGCCACCGCAUCUGCAGCAAGUGCCGCGUUGGAGCGGCGAACUGGAAGUGCACGGUGUGCCAUGCGUACAGGGAGGUGAAGAUCAGGUCUGGUGACUGGUUUCUUGAGGAAAAAGCCAAGAAAUUUCCUGCCACCACAGACAAAUAUGAGACGGUUGGGGAGAAAUUUUUAAAGAUCUACAAUGCGAUGAGUUAUAUAUCAGUUGUGCCACCAACUCCUCCACCCCACCUGAAUAAUCCAUUUAUGGGAUCUGGGGAUCUUAAAAACUCAAUGCCUUUUACAAAGUCUAUGGAGAAUCUGGUGGCUUCCUUUACAAGCCACAUUAAAAAGAUUUCCACUUCUCAAAAUGACGUGCGAGAAGACCUGCUGAGAGUCGAGAACCACCGAAAAGGAUCGUAUUGUCACUAUAGCAUCCAAAAGAGCCUGUCUGACACCAACAUCAACAAAUCUAGCAUCCUCUUUAAAGUCCCAAGUCUUCCCAACCUGUUCAAGAAAAAUAAAGACAGUGACCACGAGAGCUAUUCCACCGGAGCUGAAGAGGAAACCUCCUUCAGUUCUGAACACUCUGGAGGAAAGAGAGGCAGCAACAGCAGCAUCAGCACAGACUGCAGCCUCUCUGAGAGCAUGUCAAUGGCUGGGGAGCUGGAGCUUUCUGUGGUCUACAACUCCAACAGCUCCUGCCUGGAGAUCAGAGUCAGAGCCUGCAGAAAUCUCAGUUAUGGAGACACCAGGAGGAAGAAGUGCCACCCAUAUGUUAAACUCCACAUGCUGCCAGAUAAGAGCUGCAAGCUGAAGACCUCAGUGAAAAGAAACACCACGGAUCCGGUUUAUAAUGAGCUUUUCAAGUAUGACAUUGAGCGCCAUCUGCUGUUUGGAAAGAGACUGCAGGCCACUGUGUGGCAUUCAGGGACCCUAAAAAAGAAAGUGUUUCUUGGUGAAGUGCUCAUCCCACUAGAUGGCUGGAAAUGGGAGGACAAGGCCUUGCAGUGCUACAACUGGUACCCACUGUGUCCAAAGGUUGAAAAUCCAGAUGAAGGCUCUGGGGAGCAUGAUGGAAUAGCACUGCAGGCUAGAGUCAGCUUCAGCUCCAUCAAUCAGGGUGUCUGAUUCUGGCUGCGGGCUGAGAACAAGACAGCACCCACCUCUGCAAGCAGAGAAGGCCUCUCAUUGGCUGCUCCAGUAUGCCUUCCUGAACUGGGAUCUGUGGGACCAAGGCUUCUCCUGGGAAGGUCAUGAAUCUAGUCUAAUAGCAGCAGAGAGGUUCCUCUGAAUAUUCUGUGGCAACACUUUACUUUAACCCCAUUUAUGAAGCAAAUAUACACACUUUAUAAAUAAUUACAAUUUUAAAACAAAAUUAUAUUUACAUCUCCUCAUAUUAACUAUUUAUUAUAUUAUUUAUAAUACAACCAACAUAAAUGUUCAUAAAUCAUAUAAAUAUAAAAUUUAUUUAUUCUACUUGUUAAUAUUUUUCUUAAUAAAGGCCAUAGUUCGUACAUCAGAUUAAUUAAUGGUACAUGUUGCAUUUGCUCAAGUCUCCUUCCCAUUCAGACGGAUUUACACCCAGCUCUCUCCUGCUAAUAAAAUCCAUUUGUCUUAUUUAAAGCAGGUUUAAUAGUAAAAGACGUAACUAAAGAGACCAUUAAGUCUUGCAGCUGAGUGCUCCAUCACACUCAGCAUUAAGUGAUAUGGAUUAUAGUUGGUUUUUCUGGUGCCACUGCUUAUAAAUUUGAAUUAACUGAGAGGCUAAUUAGAGAAUUAGAGAACUAAUUUUGCACAUUGGCAUAAUGCCACUAGGCGAACCCAUGAAAUCCUGUAUUUGUUGAAUGGAAAACGCUAAUUAACCUGAAAUUAACACAAAAUUAAUAAAAAUAAUAGUAAUGAGAGCAUUCUAGAGUUAUUGGCCAUUAACCUGCUAUAAUUAAAUACAACUUAUCGUUCAACCUCCAACUCUUUUUUUCUCUUAAUUUUCCAUUAAAAAUUACACAAGUUACACAGACCAAAACCCCUCAAUAAUAAGCCUGAAUAUAAAUAGUGCAUACAUUCCAAUCCUGUUUGUUUUUAGAAUUUAUCUACAUCAACAAGUCACGGAUUUGUGCAAAUUUGUGCAAAGACAUAAAAUGAAGAGAGCGCUACCUCUUGCUCCACUAUUUUUGACCAAUCAGAGCAAACUGGCUUUUUGAGAAUGGGACCUUUAAAGAAACAGAAGCUGAAAUGAAGGAAACCAGUUUCCAUAGCAGUGUACAGUAUGAGGAAAAAUCUGGUUUAGUUUUUUUGUUUUAUUAAACAAUAAUGAAUGAUAAAGUUCCCUAGUGGACAAAGUAAAAUUAUAAGCCUGCAAAAUGAUCUGAAUAUGGGUUUUUAGUCGCAAUCAACAUCACUCAUGAAUAUUUCAUGAAUGGAGUUGUGUAAAAGUACAUAAACAGAUGUCAGACACCGCUUCCUGCUUCUAAUGUUAACAGUUAAAGUGAAGUGUUGCUUAUUAAAUUGAGCUGCUCUCUGAAUUCAGAGCAGUUUUCCGAUUCAGCCAUCUUUUAGAUGUGAUGCUCUUCCGUCAGAGGAGGGAAACGCCCCUCCAAAUAACAUUAAGGGGGAGAGAAAAGUGGAUAUUUCUGACAAAUAAAAUCAGGGGCCACACCCGUCCGUCACGGGAAGCAGCUCUUUCUAAGCGAGACAUGUGGGCCUGCCCAGCUCUUCAGCGUUUCCUCCUGGACAAUGAAGCCUUUCUUGUCUCUAAGGAAGCAGCGUGUGAAAGACUUGCUCAAUCUCUGGAGUCGCUGUGCCAACAUGUCGCUGUGGAAGGAGGACUUAUGUCACUGACCUGGAAUUCUUUGUUCUCACAAGUCACCAUGGCAACUGGGAACCCAACAAGUAGCAUCACCGGUUCAACAGGUGUAGAACAUGACAACACUCAGUUUUGUUUUUCGUUGCUUUCUAUUUACAGUAAAUGUGAAAGCUCUGCACUUUAUUCUCUAUGAGCGGUAUUUAUUUAUUUUUACAGCUUUCAAUGAAUCUAAUACUGUGUCUGUGUUUUUAUGAUCUGAUCUAUUUCUGUUCAGCUGCAAAUACAUCUGUGUUUUUAGUCAUGUAAGCUCCUCAGGCUGUAGCAAUGCAUUGAGCCAGUUACUUUCUGAAUGCUUGAAGUAUUUGCAGUAUGACACUCCUAUACUGUAUAUGAUCAUUUUGAGCUAUACAUUUUCCACCAUCUCACACACACAUCCUUUUUUGGACAUUAUGGUGCUUUCUCCUAAAUACAAAUAAAGAUUAA